CCGGCCCGGCCCUGCGCCGCGCGGCCGGCGGGAGGCGAGCGCUGCACGGAGCGCGGCGGCAGCGCCGCGUGGGGCCGGCUGCGGGGACGCCGCCCUGCUGCACACGGGGCUUUGGCAGACGACGCCGGGAGCCGGCCCGGCUCCGGGCUACGAGCGAGGCCCUGUGCAGCCGGGGAUGCCCCGCGCCGGGCCCGACGGGCACCAGCUCUUCCAGCUCCGCGCCUGGCCCCGCUCGGACCACCCAGCCCGCCCGGCCCGCACCCCCGGCACUGCGUGCUCCUCACCCCUCUCGCUGCCCGGCCUCCUCCGCAGGCAUUUCCUCCGCCAGAGGAUUGUUUUUCUCUCCUGGAAGAGGGCACCGCCGUGGCCCCGGCCGCAGGGGGCUCCGUGGGGGCGGCCAAGCCAGCAGAGGCGCAGCUAUUGGAAACUCACCGCAAGCAUGUGCGAGUGCCCGGGCUCGGCCGGGGAGCGGAGCCUCGCGGGCUCGGCCUGGCCCGGCCACCUGGAGAGCCCCGAGCGCCUCCCACACGCACGGCUCUGUGCCCGGGGGCGCCCGCCGCAGGUCCCCCGAGGUGCCCGUCUCACCCGCGCCCGCCCCCGCACAGGGGCAGCCAUCGCCUAGCAGCUAGUGGGACACGCGAAGCACGAGGAAAAAUGAGCCCAGCUCUUGGCAUUGGCACGGGCUGCUCCGCUGGGCAGCUCUCCUCUCCUCCCCUCGGGGCUCCUCUUCCCGUCGGGGCGGCAAAGGAGCCCCACGAGCAGGGCUGAAGAGGCCGUCAGGGCUCCGCUCUGCCCUGCGGGGCUCCGCGGGACCCUGGCAAAGGGCGGGGGCUGCGGGGCUCUCCCGGCCGGGCCCGGCGCCCGGGAGAAGCAAGGGGCAAGCCCGAGGGAACCUGCCCGGCUCCUCCCGCCUUCAGAGCCCAGGGUGACAGUCAGGGACCGAGGGCUCGUUUUUAGCUUUGAAGCCGCAAACGCCCGUCGGGGGGGUUCUGCCGUGGCUGAAGGGAAACGAGAAGAAGACCCUGUAAGAAGCACUGCUCGCACAUGCACGGGGGUGCAAUCGCCUCCGGCAUGUCUCCCCGGGUGCUUCCGUUCAGCGCCGCGGCGGGCUGGGAACAAGACCCGCCCUGAAGGGCCAGAAACGGGCUCUGGGAAUCCCGUCGGACCAUGCGGACACGGGCAGGGCCGGGAAAGACCCGACCCGAGACGGCGCCCACGGCAACACCGUGCGGGGCCCGGGCCCGCCAGCGCCGCCUCGGACCCGGGCGACGUCUGACCCCGUCCUGAGCCAGGCGAUGGGUCGGGCCCUUUCUAAAGACUCUUGUGAAAAUAAGGCAGCUGGGAAAUGUCCCCGCUUCCGAGCCUCGGCCCAGCUUUGUCUAAUGCGUCUCCCUUCCGUGGGACCCUGCUCACAGCCGGCGCGAGAGCUUUGGGCUCUUCCUUUAGGCAACCCCCCCGCCCCGCAAACUCCCAGCCAGCGCUCGUGCCCCGCGCUCGGCUCUGGGGGUUGUUUUUUGUCAUGAAGGGAUGAGUCACUUUUCCCCAAACCACAACACACACGCGAGUGACUCUAGGAGCGAUCCGCGGAGCGGGGCUGGAAGCGCUGUUUAAGUCUGCAAAGGAAAAGCCGGAGGAGCCGCUGGGGGCCGGGCCACGAGGCACCCGCCAGCCAGGGGAGCGGCGCGGGGCAGCGGCGGGCCCGGUCGGGCCGGGCCGGAGGGGGUUAACCCGCCCGCCUCCCACUCCCUGCAACUUGCCCCACUCGGUCUCAAGAGCAACAUCUGCCAGCUGCGCGGAGCCAAUCAGCGGCCUCCCUGCGCCAGGUCCUGCCCAAUGGGAAGGCGCCGGCCAGGGGCUGUCACUCAUAGGUGAGGAAUGACACCGGGGCUGGGAGAAAAAGGAGGAGAAGGGAAGAGGAAAGAAACAGACAGCGCCGGGGAGGGUCCCGCUCCGCGCCCGCGCCCGCGCCCGCGCCGCCGGGGAUCCAGCUGCUGCAGCUGCCGCCGGGCAGGGCCGGCUCCUAUGGGAGCGCUGCGUGCGAGCAGCACAGCCGAGUCCCUGCAGCUGCUCGGAGCGCGGGAGACGGGGCCGGGGCUGCCGCCGCCGCCGCCUAGGCGGACGAUGAGCUCCCCCAGCUGAAGGAGCCGGACGUGCGGGGCCGGCGCUCGGGCUGCAGUGACUGUCCCCGCCCUGCGGCGCGGCCCCCCGCCGCCGGGGCCCAUGGCUGUGCGCGGCGGCGGCGGCGGCAGCGCCCCGACGCCCUUCUCCAUCCAGGCCAUCCUCAACAAGAAGGAGGAGCGCGCAGGGCGCGCGGGCGGGCGGCUGCCGCCGGCAGGGGGCGCGGCGCCCGCGGGCUGCUGGCGGCUCUUCGGCGGCGCGGGGCUGGCGGCGGCGGACGAGGCGCGGCGGCGGGGCCCGGCGGGCUGGGACUCGGACGAGGCGCUCAGCGACGACCACGAGGGCGAGCGGCGCUCGGAGGAAGACGAGGGCGCGCAGCGGGGGCCGCCCGGCGGCAGCGCCCGGCCCAGGGAGGCUCCGCGCCGGGGCCGGCCCGCGCCCGACGCCGCGCCCCCGGAGCGGGAGGAGGAGCCCCCGGGCCUCAGUGACAGCGAGAUGUCGGCCGGCGUGGCAGCAGAUCGCAGCCCGCGCGAGGAGGAGGACGGCGGCGGCAAGUGCGAGAAGCUGCUGUCGGCCGGGGAGGAGGAGGCGGCGGCCCCCAAGCCGCGGAAGAAGCGCUCCCGCGCCGCCUUCUCCCACGCGCAGGUCUUCGAGCUGGAGCGGCGCUUCAACCACCAGCGCUACCUGUCGGGCCCGGAGCGGGCCGACCUGGCCGCCUCGCUCAAGCUCACCGAGACGCAGGUGAAGAUCUGGUUCCAGAACCGGCGCUACAAGACCAAGCGGCGCCAGAUGGCCGCAGACCUGCUGGCCUCGGCCCCCGCCGCCAAGAAAGUGGCGGUGAAGGUGCUGGUGCGGGACGAUCAGAGACAGUAUCACCCGGGGGAGGUGCUGCGGCCGCCCUCGCUGCUCUCGCUGCAGCCCUCCUACUACUACCCUUACUACUGCCUGCCCGGCUGGGCGCUCUCCACCUGCGCGGCCGCGGCCGGCACCCAGUGACCCGCUCUCGGACUACGCGCCUCGGACAGUAUUUAUUAUGAUUAUUUUAUUACGACUAUUUUUAUUAUUAUUAUUAUUAUUAUUAUUAUUGGGGCGGGUUGUUUGUCUCCCUUCUCCCGCGCCCUCCUGCCGAGUUUGCAAGCCACCCCCCUCCCCCAAGCCGAGGACUGGCCACGCCGCCCGCGGGAUCCGUGUUGCCCAGACGAUGCGUGGACCGGCGAGUUCCCGCCUCGCGUGGCGGUGGCUGCGGCUGCGGGGCCGGAGUGCCGGAGCCCCGGGCGGGCAGGGCCGAGCACGGACUCCCGCCGCGGCUGGGAGCUGACAUUUUCUUCCCUGCUCCUCUUCCGCCUCGUCGCGAGCCGCGCGGGCCUUGUAUGGUGCUGAAUGUACGGCCGGCUCCUUGGCGGCUCCCGGCCCCGCGGGGCCCCGCUCCAUGCGGCCGAGGGGCGCGGGGGGCCGACACCUCGACCCCAGACCGAAAAGCCAGACGUGUUUUUUUCCCCCCUCCGCAGAUCUGUCCUUGUUUGGAGAGGGGGGGAGGGAGGAGGUAAGAACUUUUCGCACUUUCCAGUUGUAUUAAAGUCGUUGUUUUUCUAUUCAAUGUGAAUAUUUCUAGUCAGGCUUUUUCUAAAAAACAAAACAAAACAAAAAAACAAAAUCGAUGUCACGGGGAGUUUUUUUGUUUUUGUUUUUGGGGUUUUUUAGUACCAUUCAGUGCCUUUUCCUCAGCAAACCUCUCCUCGCGGGCUGUGUUGGUGUCCCAGCUCAGUCGUGUCACAAGAGCCUCUUUCUUUCUAGGUAACUCGUGGCUUUCCUCUCUCUCUCUCUCGAUGGCACUGUGCACUCGACCCGGUUAUUUACUGCAGAUGAAUUGUGAAUGUCUGUACGCUACCCGCUGUACCUUUCUUUUUUUAAUUUAUAAAUGUUUAGUUGAACAAGU